AUGAGUCUUCGUCCGCCUUCGACUAGCCCAAGCCCAUCUCCUGGUCCAGAUGGCAUUGGCAACGGUCGCACUAUCGGAUCAAGGCAGUCUGUGGGGCCUGGUGCGUCUCUGAGAGGGACGCCUACGCUCGCGCCCUCUUCUCCUCGUCCUGGAGGUGCCCCAAGCGCACGCCCUACCAGCGAGCUCCUGGGAAGUGCUGGCACGGGCAUGUUCCAGACUCCCGAAGCGGAAGCCCUUGAUCAGUGGUUCGAAAAUCUACAAAGUUAUGAGGCGACGCUUGAAGACAUGGCCGCCGCCUCGCUGGACAUUAAUUUCAAAGAAGAGUUGAGCGCCAUCGAGCAAUGGUUCAAAGUUCUUUCAGAAGCAGAGCGCACAGCCGCUCUUUAUAGUCUUCUGCAACAUUCUACUCAAGUACAGAUUCGCUUUUUUAUCACGGUCCUUCAGCAGAUGGCCAGGUCUGACCCAAUGACGGCUUUGUUGAGCCCAGCUAUGGGUGGAUCAAUGCAAUCUCAGAUGGAAGCCAAGUUGGCGAGCAUCAAGUCCCCCGGGCUGAAAUCCAACCUGCCUGCCUCACCUACCGCACGCUCGUUCAACGCCGCUAACAGGCAAUCACUCGUUCUCGACUCUCCCUCGGCUUCAAACUUCCUUUCCCCCGAUUCUGCUGCAAAUUCCUCGCCGAAUGUGCAGGGCGGACAUCAAGAUGCAGCGGCGGCGACGCUAGCACAACAGCGCGCGAAGCUCAAGGCCUCAAAUGCUGCACACCGAAUCUCUGCCCCUGUUCUGGCAUCGACUGGUGGGGACGCGCGUUCGACCUGGGGAUCACAACUUGGCCAAGUCGUUGAGCAGUCUAACUCAAAUGGCCAAGACAUCAUUGUGGGUGGUACGCGCCCGAAGAGUACUGAGUUCUCAGGGACUCUUGGCUCUCCCCGCGCUGGCGAAGGUGUCGGUGAUAGCUGGGCAAGCAUGGUCAACACUCCCCUCAUCCCCAUGUUCAGCAAAGAUACUACACGCACUCAGAACCUCGAUGCCGCCGCUAGCAAAUUGACCGAGUGGAGCGCUGCCAAGACCGCUGCGCCGGGUGUACCGCGUAUGGGAGAUCCUACCAUCCACAGGCGUUCGAACAAACCGGAGCCGAAGAACGACAACAAUGGCGGAUCCAACAACGGGCCCGGUGGAGCUGUAUACGACGAUAAUGGCAAUCUCAUUCAAGGACACCAGGGCGGAGGUCGCGGUAACUCGCGCAAUGCUGGCUGGAACGGCGGACGUAGUCCCGCCUUGGGAGGCAACCGGAAUCUCAACCUAAACAACAAUAACGGCGAUGAUGGUGUCAACGGGCUUAUCAACGGUAUGAAUGGAUUGGGGAUGCAGAUGGGAGGAGGCGUUCCUGGUGGGUUCGGUGGCAUGGGCAGCCCGCAAAUGAAUCUCCUUGCUGGGAUGGGAGCAGCUGGUAUGAACCCAAUGAGUCCGUUCAAUAUGAACAUGUUUAGUGCGAUGGGGAUGUCGCCAGAGGCACAGCUGCUUGCUGCACAGAUGGCGGCCAAUGGCUUUGGUCAGCCUGGGAUGGGAGGUAUGGCCGGCAUGGGUGGCAUGGGUUGGAUGGGAGGUAUGCAGCCGAAUUCCGCUGGACUAGGCAACAAGCGUGGACCGCCAAGCGGGAGGUCCGUCGGGAGCAACAUGCGCAGUCCGUCGAGCACUGGAGGAGGAAGCACACCUAAGAGCGAUGAAGACGUCGAUCCCGCCAUGUUGGAGGACGUUCCUGGGUGGUUGAGGACGUUGAGGCUCCACAAGUAUACGCCCAACUUCGAGGGGAUGAAGUGGAGGGAUAUGGUUGUUAUGGACGAGGCCGCGCUCGAGGCGAAGGGUGUUGCGGCGCUUGGAGCGAGGAGGAAGAUGUUGAAGACGUUCGAGAUCGUGAGGAGGAAGAUGGGGAUUGAGGGCGGACCACCUAGUUUGCCUCCCAGCGCGACCCUAUAG